UCAAAGACCAAAGUAGGAGUUUUGUCUUCACAUUUUGUUCUGUGAUUUUAGUAGUAUAAUAAAGAUGAAAAGUGAUUUAUUUUUGUAGGAUUUUUAUCUAAUUCAUUGCUUUAUAGAUUCCUAUUUUAAAAGUAUUGUGCAAAUUGUGAUAGUGCUUCCGUGAAUAACAAGAACAACAACAGCAUUUAGUUUCUUUUGAAAUGGCAUCGGAAAUUGUAACUUCAGGGACAGAUAUCCGCGAGAAUUUGUUCCAGGUGACCACAGCAAUCAAGUUCCUAUCAAACCCAAACGUGCAACGAUGUACCAUGGAGAGCAAGGAGCGAUUCCUGCGCAGCAAGGGUUUAACCGACGCAGAAAUCCACAGAGCCAUAGAGAAAUGUGCGGGGAUGCUGGACGUGCCAUCUCUGACGUCUGAGCUGAUGAUGUUCCAACACUCGCGGAGAUCCUGGUUCCGAGAGAGGAUCGUGCCUCUUAUAGUUUACGGCGGGUUUAUAUAUGGCUGCUAUUGGUUCUAUAAGAACUGCAUACGACACCUACUAUUCGUGGAGCCUCCGAAGCGCAAAACCUCUUUAGAAUGCAUGGAUGAGGUCAGGAAGUCACUGGACGUUAUGAACGCAAGCAUAUCGUCUUUGCGCGGGGAGAUGCAGACGUGCGUCAAACAGACUACGUUGAAAGCGCAGCUGGACAACUUGAAGGACGAUAUCGCGUCGGUUAAGGGAAUUCUGCUCAACAGAAACCAAUUUCCCGCACUCAAAACGCGAACAGAACCGCCAUCGAUACCAGCGUGGCAGCGGCAGUCCGAAGAGGCGACGUCCACCGAAGCGGCGGAACAGAAGAAGCCUCACCGAAGCCGCAGCCAACGCUCGGAGUCCGGCGGCUCCAACUCCAGCGAGGGCGAACACGCCACGAAGAACAGCGACAGCAGUCUGGAGAUCAUGUAGAACAUGAAACUCAUCAUUCGGGUAGAAAAGGAUACUGGUGUAUAGUUAGUUAUUGGACAAUAUUAAUUUUAUGGUUGUUUGACUUUACUAGCUAAUGCUAAUUAAAUCAUGUGUUAAUUUUAACUUGCCGUGAUUACCUACUUUUAAUUAAGUUCCAGUAACAGACAGCUUUUAGACAGAAAUAGAUAUUGGAUUUAUAUAAAAUCGAUUUUUUGAUCGAUUUAAAUAAAAUCGAUUUCCUGAUCGAUGUCAAAGCAUUUAUUAAAAAUAGGUGACUUUGUGCACUUUUAAUAAUUGAACAGUUUCACAUUUUUUAAUACAAUCGAUAUAUUUUGUGAUAUAAAAAUGGAACUAAAUUGAUUUGAUGGUUUUUUAAUCGAAAAAGUAACUAUGUUUUGCCUUUGCAUCCUUCAGUUCAGUCUCUCUUUAUUCAAUUAAAAAUGAGUGUAAUAAAGAGUAAGUAUUUUAACUGAGACGGUUCGUGAAGUGGGGCGCGGAUUGCGGGAGGGUGACAGUAAUAAUCAAGGAAUUGAACGUCCCUUUCACUCUCCUGGAACCCGACUCGUGACUGACUGAGAUGGCUAGUGAGGGACAAUUCACUGUCUCAGUUAACCUGUACUAUGUCGUUAUCAAUUUAGUUAAACAGUUUUAACCUAAGUCUUCUUAGCCACGCUUCCCAUUAUACAUAACGUUAAAAUUAAUGGAUUUAAUUGAUUUCAUUGUUAAUAUAAAUUAAAUAUUGUUAAGAGUGCAAUGCAAAUAGAAUAAUGUAAAAAUUUAAGUUGUACCCGGUCUGACUAAAUCCAAAAGUAGUCAAAAGACCGACGACUUGUACAGGCUGUAAACAAAACGCUAGCAAAAACUUAGCGAAAUUAAUAAACAACCUUAAAACAAUCCAAUGCCAAUAACCAUUUGCCUUAUCUUUGUAAUUUUUGUGAUUCAGUAUUUUUUAAACCCACAUUGUAUUUAAUCAACUGGGGGUUUUGUGGCGUUGAAUGUACAAAAACUCUCUGUAUAUUUUUAAGUUUAAUAAAUAUAAAAAAUAUAGCAUGCAGA